AGCAAGCGAAGGAAGACUCCCGAUAGAGAUCGUCGGAGAAGGUUUGGUAUUUGCGUUAAACCCGCCAUAAAUCAUACCUUGUUCUCUUCCUAGCUGCAACGUACUCUUUUCGCGUAUCUCUUUAUGCGUGCUCAUCGGCCAAUACUCAAUAACCCCAUGAGAAUAUCGUUCCUGUAUCUAAUUGCUUGGAAGCAACCUGUUGGCGAACACGACUCGGCACCGUCGUCCUCAACUCACAUUACGAAAUUGUCGUAUUCAACAAAACGUGGUUUCGGUACACACAAAAAUAUAGCACAGGCAGUAACGGCGACGUGAAACAUGGACUUUGGGAAGUUGUUGAGCGUCGCUAAACAAAACACCUCUAAUGAUGGGCAGAAUGCUGAGGGACGCUACUAUUCGACCAAGUUCGCACCUCCAAAAAAGGAAAGCAAGGAAAAGAAACUAUCCGACAACAUCAAAAAGUUCCUAGCCAAAAAGGAGGAGGAAGAGCGCGAGAAGGCACUGGAGGCACGACGGAAAGCCGAAGAACUAAUGGCCAAGCGUGACACCAAGGCUAAAAGGAAAAUUGAGAAAAUGCUGAAAGUGAUUAAGUCUGCGAAUAAAUCGGUGCUAAGUGAUGCCGGUGGCAAGCUUGAGUCAGGGGAACCAGAGCAACCGGAUGAGGAUGACUACGGUUACACAUCAAACGUUGCCUCCCACUUCUAUCAGCAGCUAAUGGACAAAUACAAGAAUAAUCAAGAGGAGAAGAAAUUUAAGGAUGCAGAAAAGCGUUCCAUGACAAAAGAGGAUCUGGCUGUGACCAAGGCUCGUGUGAAGGAUGCUAUUAUACGGCAGUCGAAGAACGAACAGACACCGCGCCAACGCAAAGCAGAAGGACGUUCAGGUAUCGGCUGUGAAGGUGAUAAUGAAGGAAGACGGCGCUUUAGUGGCGAUCCGUAUGAUCCGAUCGAGGAGCGACGUCAAGCGGAACAAGCAAAAGUGGCUACCGCAGCCGAAGAUAAGAAACGAAAUGCUGCGCGAAAGUUAAGCGGCCCACCUCCGCCGGAUUUUGCAACCCUGCUGAAGCUAGCUGAACAAAAGCAACAUGAGCCAAUUAAAGUUGAGAUACCGGUGGAAAAGAAGAAACAAGAACCAGAGCGAUUGAUGACGAAGAAGGAAAAGAAAGAACACGAGGCUCGGGUAGCGUUCCUGGAAAUGAAACGAUUGCGCGAUCGUAUCAAGGAAGAUCCGAAGUUGUCGCCCAAAGAGAAAGAGCAUAAGCUGGCAAAGCUAGACGCAUUGCGUGCAGCGGGUAAAUUGCCUGGUAUACCGCCGUCCACCACCACCUCAUCAACAGCUACUGUGAAAUCAACUCCUCCCAGUGCUGGACACGUAUCACAAGCAAAUGGAGUGUCAUGCUCAAAGCCCGCACAACCUACAUUCUCUUCCAAAGGCGGUACUUCGUCCGCGAAACCCACACUUGGCCAAACGAAUGGUAUUUCCAACAAAAGUACGGAGCAGACCAAUAAGAAACAGGAAGCAUCAUUGGCGCGCAAAGUGCCUAAUCAGCAGCAAGUCUUGAGUUCGUCAACAACUUCGUCAGCUUCAUCAUCGACGGUAGUCAAAAGUAAGCCAUCAGUUGUGAAUAUAGCUGCUAAAAAAUCAUCAAGUUCCAGCAUCACACCUUCGAAAACCAGCAAGCCAGCAGCCCCUGCAUCCUCUGUCAACCACAAUUGUCCUCCAAAGUCUCAACAGCUUGUGAGCAAGGUUGUGGGUUCAUCUUCUCGUUCCAAUAAACCACAACAAACCGCUAGCUUGAUGAUACCUACUGUUUCCAAGCAACCGCUGACCAUGAACGGCAAGGUGGCUGAUAUCUCUAGCUCAAUGGUGUCCAUGGCUGUAAAACAAGCGCCCAAAGCUACCAUUGCUGGAGCGUCGGCAAAAAAUGGAGAGUCAGUAGGGAAUCUCGCGACGAAUACUGCACGAACGCCGGUUGCGACUGCGAAUCGGAGAGAAGCUCCCCGACCUGGUCAAACGCGCCAGUUUCCGCCAGCUGAUGUCCAACGAUCGAAACAACCUCGUCCUAAUAUGGAUCGAGGCCACCCGGGGCAUCGUUCGAGUGGCUCCGCUCCCAAAAAGCGUCGGGUCAUUGACAGUGACAGCGAAUACGACAGCGAGAUGGACGAUUUUAUCGAUGAUGGUGACUGUGAGGAAGACUACUCCUCCGCCAUCAAGGAAAUCUUUGGAUACGAUAAGUCACGUUACCGUGACGAUGACAAUGAUGAAGAUGACUAUAACAUGGAGUCAACCUACGCGCAACAGAUGCGCGAAGAGUACAUCAGUAAGAAGAUAGGUAUUAUGGAGGACUUAGAAGACAUGCGCAUGGAGGAAGAAGAAAAGCGGCGCAAAUUGAAAAAGGGCUCGGGGGUAAAGAAGAAAUGAGACAUUACAACGACGGAUACACCUAAAUACGGCCUACAUACUGGCCCCGGGAUAAAGGACAGCCCAAGGGCCUGCAUCCACAGCUCAGCUUUCUCUACGGUGCCAGCUAAGUCAGUUCAACUUGAGUGUAUGUAUGCAUCACUUGGCCAAUCGCGUUUUCUGAAUUCAAUUAUAUUCAAUGAUAUCGGCAUCUGUGAACAUUUUUUGUGGAGGUCGGCAAUGCGCAGUCGUAGUCUGGUCUACCGGCUCGAAUUAUAUACCACGAUUACCAGACAAUGGCUUAUAUUUUUACCGCUAACGCAUGUACUCUAUUUUUACUGCUAACAAGAUGAAUAUUAGCACACACUACACGACGUUCGGGUUAAUGACUUCUACUUUCGUGUUGUACAACUCAACGAUUCCCUGAGAAAGGCAACAAGUGCCUUUCUGGUGCUCUGAUCGAUGCUGAGAGUAGACGUUGAAUGUGUGACGGGCUAAUGAGCAAAGUGUAUUCAAUGUUCAACAGCUGCAUUAGACCAUUAUUUAAUGUAUUUUUGAAACCUUUUUGACAACAGCUGCACGCGCAAGAAUAUAUAUGUUCAGGAUUUUCGAUCAUUAGCAUUUAUUUGGUUAUUUCUGCGUUCUAAGUUCAACAAAAA